GGGGAGGAGGCGUCCGGGCCGAGCGUGGUACUACGACGGGCGCGGGCCGGAGGGGGCGGGGGGAUGCGCCGCGGCGGCGGCGGCGCGGGCGCUGGGACUGGUGUUUGGAGGCGCCAGAGCAGCGGAUCCCAGUCUUGCUGCCGCAGCAGCGCGAGUGUCGCGCGCGGCCUGAAGACGACGUACCUUUUUGCUCCUCACCUUUUUUUUUUUUUUUUAAAUAACCGAAACCAAUGAACGCAGCCGGGACCCGAGCUCCAGAGGCCGCCGGUGCCGACGGGACCAGGCUGGAGCCCGACAGGAGCUCGCGUCUGAGGCGGCGGGGGUGGCCCGAGGAGUCGCAGGAGGCGGCCGCGCCUCGCGAAGCGGGCGAGUGGCUGGCGGCCGGGGCGCCGCCGCGCUUUCCCCCCGCUCCUCCUCCGCGUCCUCAUCCCGCCACGACGCCCGGCCCGGCCUCGGGCUGGCUGCGGCGGCGGCGCUGGGCUGCGCUGCUGGUCCUCGGGCUGCUGGUGGCAGGCGCGGCGGACGGAUGCGAGCUGGUGCCCAGGCACCUCCGCGGACGGCGGGCGGCGGGCUCUGCCGCGGCGGCCGCCUCCUCUCCCGCCGUGGCGGGGGGCGACAGCCCGGCGCUCAUGACAGAUCCCUGCAUGUCACUGAGUCCACCAUGCUUCACAGAAGAAGAUAGAUUUAGUCUGGAAGCUCUUCAAACAAUACAUAAACAAAUGGAUGAUGACAAAGAUGGUGGAAUUGAAGUAGAUGAAAGUGAUGAAUUUAUCAGAGAAGAUAUGAAAUAUAAAGAUGCUACUAAUAAACACAGCCAUCUGCACAGAGAAGACAAGCAUAUAACUGUUGAGGAUUUAUGGAAACGAUGGAAAACAUCAGAAGUUCAUAAUUGGACCCUUGAGGACACGCUUCAGUGGUUGAUAGAAUUUGUUGAACUACCCCAAUAUGAGAAGAAUUUUAGAGACAAUAAUGUCAAAGGAACAACGCUUCCCAGGAUAGCAGUGCAUGAACCUUCAUUUAUGAUCUCUCAGUUGAAAAUCAGUGAUCGGAGUCACAGACAGAAACUUCAGCUCAAGGCGCUGGAUGUGGUUUUGUUCGGACCUCUAACGCGCCCUCCUCAUAACUGGAUGAAGGAUUUUAUCCUCACAGUUUCUAUAGUAAUUGGUGUUGGCGGGUGCUGGUUUGCUUACACGCAGAAUAGGACAUCAAAAGAACAUGUUGCAAAAAUGAUGAAAGACUUAGAGAGUCUACAAACUGCAGAGCAAAGUCUCAUGGACUUACAAGAGAGGCUUGAAAAGGCACAGGAAGAAAACAGAAAUGUUGCUGUAGAAAAGCAAAAUCUAGAGCGCAAAAUGAUGGAUGAAAUCAAUUACGCAAAGGAAGAGGCUUGUCGGCUGAGAGAGCUAAGGGAGGGAGCUGAAUGUGAAUUGAGUAGACGUCAGUAUGCAGAGCAGGAAUUGGAACAGGUUCGAAUGGCUCUAAAAAAGGCUGAAAAAGAAUUUGAACUCAGAAGCAGCUGGUCUGUUCCAGAUGCACUUCAAAAAUGGCUUCAGCUGACGCAUGAAGUAGAAGUACAGUACUACAAUAUUAAAAGACAGAAUGCUGAAAUGCAGUUAGCUAUUGCUAAGGAUGAGGCAGAGAAAAUUAAAAAGAAGAGAAGCACAGUCUUUGGGACUCUGCAUGUUGCACAUAGCUCCUCCCUAGAUGAGGUAGACCACAAAAUUCUGGAAGCAAAGAAAGCUCUCUCUGAGUUGACAACUUGUUUACGAGAACGACUUUUUCGCUGGCAACAGAUAGAGAAGAUCUGUGGCUUUCAGAUAGCCCAUAACUCGGGACUCCCCAGCCUCACCUCUUCCCUUUAUUCUGAUCACAGCUGGGUGGUGAUGCCCAGAGUCUCCAUUCCACCCUAUCCCAUUGCUGGAGGAGUUGAUGAUUUAGAUGAAGAUACACCCCCAAUAGUGUCACAGUUUCCCGGGACCAUGGCUAAACCUGCUGGAUCACUGGCCAGAAGCAGCAGCUUGUGUCGCUCCCGCCGCAGCAUCGUUCAGUCCUCGCCUCAGUCUCAGCGAGCUCAGCUUCCUGCACAUGCUCCGCACCCGUCACACCCCCGGCAUCCCCACCAUCCCCAGCACACACAGCACUCCUUGCCUUCCCCUGAUCCAGAUAUCCUCUCAGUGUCAAGUUGUCCUGCUCUAUAUCGAAAUGAAGAGGAGGAGGAGGCCAUUUACUUCUCUGCUGAAAAGCAAUGGGAAGUGCCAGACACAGCUUCAGAAUGUGACUCCUUAAAUUCUUCCAUUGGAAGGAAACAAUCUCCUCCUUCAAGCCUUGAGAUAUACCAAACAUUGUCUCCUCGAAAAAUAUCAAGAGAUGAGCUCUCUCUGGAGGAUUCAUCCAGAGGAGAUUCGCCCAUAGCUGCAGAUAUCUCCCGGGGUUCUCCUGAUUGCGUAGGUCUGACAGAAACUAAGAGCAUGAUCUUCAGUCCUGCAAGCAAAGUGUACAAUGGCAUCUUGGAGAAAUCCUGUAGCAUGAACCAGCUUUCCAGUGGCAUCCCAGUACCUAAGCCUCGCCACACAUCAUGUUCCUCAGCUGGCAACGACAGCAAAGCAGUUCAGGAAGCCCCAGGUGUUGCCAGGAUAAGCAGCAUCCCACAUGACCUUUGCCAUAAUGGAGAGAAAAGCAAAAAGCCAUCAAAAAUUAAAAGCCUUUUUAAGAAGAAAUCUAAGUGAACUGGCUGACUUGGUGGAAUUCCAUUCAAGUGGCAUCUUUAAACUUUUAUCUCCCAUCCUUCACUCCUCUUUUUUUGUUUUAAUUUUAGGAAUGUAACUCCAUUGGGGCUUUCCAGAGUGGAUGCCAUAGUGGAAUGUCCUUAAGAGCAACUGUCUACUGUCUGCUUAUUUAAAUGACUAUAUAAUCAAUUUGUCAAGCCAGUUAUUACUGAAAAAUCAUUAAGAGAUGAGACAGUUUACAGUCAUUUUUGCCUAUUUAUUUCUGCUUUGUUAUUAGUGAUGUAUAUACAACAUUUUGUUGAGAGCCACUAUGGACUUACAAGCUUUAAUGGACUAGUAAGCCAGCAUGGGCUUGCAAAAAUUUCUUGUUUACCAGAGCAUCUUCUUAUCUUUCCACAGAGCUAUUUACAUCCUGGACUAAAAUAACUUAAAAGGAGUAAAACUAAUUGCACUACUGUUUCUCAGACUGGAAAAAUAUCUCUGCAAGUGAAACUGUAUAGAGUUUAUAAAAUGACUAUGGAUAGGGGACUGUUUUCACUUUUAGAUCAAAAUGGGUUUUUAAGUAGAACCUAGGGUUUCUAAUUAACUUGAUUUCUGGAAAUAAAAACCCACGCUUUUAUUAUGGGAAGCUUCUUUAAAUGCAUUUAACAUUAUAAAGUUUCAAGUCCUGCUGUAAAGACCAUGUUGUUUUGUUUUUCCCAGGGCUUUCACUGUGAUUUUCUGCAUUGCAGGCUGUAUGAUAAAAUAUAAAUAAUUUAAAGAGAGAAGGCUCUUGAUUCCUUACACAAAGUGGAAGAGUUAAAACUUGAUUGAAGGACUUACAACAUUCACAAGCAUAUACUAAACUGGGGGGAUGUGGGGAUUCAGGCACUUGUUUACAGACUCAAUAACUGCAAAGGAUUUAUGGUUUGUGAAAAACUUGUACUGUGGAAAAGAUAAUAAAUCGAAGACAUUAUUGUGUGGGACUGUGCUGAUUUUUAUUGAUAACACUCCACUAAGAACACUAUAUGUUUUUUGGAGAGCUGUGUAAGCUGUCUUCUUGCUUAACUGCAAUAUAAGAAAUAGUGAUGUUUUGGAAGUAAGUUGUCAACAAAUUUCUUUCUAUAUUGUUUGUCAUAUUUUUAUGUAGUUUGAAAUGUUUAAAUGUUCUAAUAUCAAGAUUAACAAAUAUAAAUUUAUGGUGCAUUUAGAUUGUAUUGUAUUAAUUUAUGAAGUUUGGGGUUUGUUAAACUGAUAGCUUAUUAUAAAGGUAACUUUUACUGUGAAGAUUGUCACAUGAGUAACAAAGUACAUUAACAUUUGGGGAGUUUCUGCUUAAACUGCUUCUUU